AUGGCCACUGUAGCAGCUGCAAUGAUGCUUCAGUGUGUCUUUGAUGGAAGCUUGUCCAUGUCAGACAUGAAUAUCGAGAGACGGCCUUACCAUAAAAACUGCAGUUGUGCAUUGCACAAGCAGAAAGGGGAUAAUCCAACCACUUGUGUCCAUAGUAGGUAUAUAUCAUUCCCCAAAAGGCGAAACCAGAAAGAUAUGACUUUGUCAAAAGCAGCUUCCCAAUUCUCUUCUCCAUCUUCUUCUUGCAAUAAUUCAUUCAUCGCGAGUGUACAACAUACAGCGCCGACUUUAGCAAGUCUAGCUCGGAAGGGAGAACUUGUCGAACCUUACAACGAACCUGAAAGAGUCUUACGCCAGCACAGGAAAAUGGCUAAUCAAGGACGACAUGGAGAAUUGGGGUUAGGUCUUCAAGAAGACAAUGAGAACAAUAAUCAAGACAAUGUGAAUAACCCCGGGAACUUGAACAACUAA